UCCAUUUAAUCAGAGUCGCCGGAGAGGAAGACGACGAAGAAGAAGAGGAGGAGGAAGCAAGGUUGGUUAGCCAAGAGUCAAACCCAGCCGCUGAGUCUGACAGACAAGCUUCGAUAGUUAGCUACAGCUGAUCAGCAACCUCCAUUCUUCCUCGACAAGGUGGUCGUCGAUCGAAUGAGCGAUCAAUAGCUGGCAAUGGCGGGGCGAGGCAGAGGUGGUGCGCUGGCGGCGCUGCUGCUCCCGGUGAUCGUGCUGCUGUCGUCGUGCCUGAGCGGCGCGGCGCAGCCAUCACUGCGGUGCGGGGCCGGUGACCUCGCCGCGCUCAGAGGGUUCUCGGCGGGCCUUGAUGCCACUGUGGAUGGAUGGCCGGCCGUCGCUGAUGACGAUGAAGGCGGCUGCUGCGCGUGGCCUGGCGUGCUCUGCGGCCGCGCGGGCGUCGUCGGGGUGGUGCUGCCGAACCGGACGCUUCGGGGGGAGGUGGCCGCGUCGCUCGCCGGGCUGGCGACGCUCCGCGUGCUCAACCUCUCCGGCAACGCGCUGCGGGGCGCGCUCCCGCCCGCGCUCCUCCGGCUGCGCCGACUCGAGGUGCUCGACGUCAGCUCCAACGCGCUCGCCGGCGCGAUCGGGCUCGGGCUCGAGCUCCCGGCGGCGCUGGUGUUCAACGUGUCGUACAACGCGUUCAACGGCAGCCACCCGGUGCUCCCCGGCGCCGUGAACCUCACGGCGUACGACGCGUCCGGCAACGGCUUCGAGGGACCCCUGGACGCCGCGGCGGUCUGCGCGUCCUCGCCGGGGCUGCGGGUCCUGCGGCUGUCCAUGAACAGGCUCUCCGGUGACUUCCCUGUCGGGUUCGGCCAAUGCCGGUCGCUUCUUGAGCUCUCGCUCGACGGGAACGGCAUCACCGGCGCCCUCCCAGAUGACCUCUUUGCCGCCACGUCGCUGCGGUACCUCUCCCUCCACACCAACUCCAUCUCCGGCGAGAUCCCGUUGGGGCUCCGCAACCUCACCGGCCUCGUCCGCCUCGACCUCUCCUUCAACGCAUUCUCUGGUGCGCUGCCCGAGGUGUUCGACGCGCUGGCCGGCACGCUCCAGGAGCUCUCGGCGCCGAGCAACGUGCUCACCGGUGGCCUUCCCGCCACGCUCUCGCUGUGCGUGAACCUUCGCGUCCUCAACCUCCGCAACAACACGCUCACCGGCGCCAUCGGCCUGGACUUCCGCGCCGUCAAUAGCCUCGUCUACCUCGACCUGGGCGUCAACAAGUUCACGGGCCUCAUCCCGGCGAGCCUCCCCGAGUGCGCCGGCAUGACGGCGCUCAACCUCGGCCGAAACCUCCUCACCGGCGAGAUACCGCCGUCGUUCUCCACGUUCCCGUCGCUCUCCUUCCUGUCCCUCACCGGCAACGGCUUCUCCAACGUCACGUCGGCGUUGAGGAUACUGCAGCGCUUGCCCAACCUGACGAGCCUCGUGCUCACCAAGAACUUCCGCGGCGGCGAGGCGAUGCCAGAGGACGGCAUCGACGGGUUCGCCAAGAUCGAGGUGCUCGUCAUUGCCAACUGCGAGCUCACCGGCGCGAUCCCGGCGUGGCUCGCUGGGCUCCGGAGGCUCAAGGUGCUCGACAUCUCGUGGAACCGGCUCGCCGGCCCGAUCCCGCCACUGCUCGGCGAGCUCGACCGCCUCUUCUACCUCGACAUAUCGAACAACUCGCUGCAGGGGGAGAUCCCGGCCAGCCUGACGCGGAUGCCGGCGCUGCUGGCCGGCAGCGGCAAUGGCCGUGACGACGACGACGAGAAGGUGCAGGACUUCCCGUUCUUUAUGCGCCGGAACGUGUCGGCGAAAGGACGGCAGUAUAACCAGGUGAGCAGCUUCCCGGCGUCGCUCGUGCUGGCGCGGAACAACCUCACCGGUGGCGUGCCGGCGGCUCUGGGAGCGCUGGCCAGAUUGCACAUCGUCGACCUUAGCUGGAACGGCUUCUCGGGGCCCAUCCCGCCGGAGCUGUCGGAAAUGACGAGCCUCGAGUCCCUCGACGUGUCGCGCAACGCGCUCUCCGGCGCCAUCCCGGCGUCUCUGACGCGGCUCAGCUUCCUCUCCCACUUCUCCGUCGCGGACAACAACCUCUCCGGCGAGAUCCCCAUCGGCGGCCAGUUCUUCACCUUCUCGAGCGCCGACUUCGCCGAGAACCCGUUCCUGUGCGGUUUCCACGUGGGACGGAAGUGCGACCGGAAGGGGGAUGAUCAGGCCACGGACGGCACGACCGGGACCAAUGACGGCCGGAAGAGCGCCGCUAGUGCCGGCGUCGUGGCGGCCAUAUGCGUCGGCACGGCGCUGCUGGUCGCCGUGGGCCUUGGCGCGACGUGGCGGGCGUGGUCGAGGCGGCGGCAGGAGGACAACGCCUGCAGGGUGGCCGCCGGCGACGACGAGGAAAGCACCGAUUCGUCCGCGGCGAGGUCGUCGACGCUGGUGCUCCUCUUCCCCUGCGACGAAGAAGAGGAGGAGACGACGGUGAUUACGCUUGACCAGGUGGUGAAGGCGACGGGCGACUUCGACGAGUCCCGCAUCGUCGGGUGCGGCGGGUUCGGCAUGGUGUACCGCGCGACGCUGGCGGAAGGGCGCGACGUCGCCGUGAAGCGCCUCUCCGGCGACUUCCACCAGAUGGAGCGCGAGUUCCGGGCGGAGGUGGAGGCGCUCUCCCGCGUGCGCCACCGCAACCUCGUCGCCCUGCGCGGCUACUGCCGCCUCGGCAAGGACGUCCGCCUCCUCAUCUACCCGUACAUGGAGAACGGCAGCCUGGACCACUGGCUCCACGAGCGCGCGGACGCCGGCGACGCCCUGCCAUGGCCGGCGCGGCUGCGGAUCGCCCUGGGCGCGGCGCGCGGGCUGGCGCACCUGCACGGCGGAGGCGGCGGCGCGCGGGUGAUGCACCGGGAUGUGAAGUCGAGCAACAUCCUGCUGGACGCGGCCAUGGAGGCGCGUCUGGGGGACUUCGGGCUGGCGCGGCUGGCGCGCGGGAGCGACGACACGCACGUGACGACGGACCUGGUGGGCACGCUGGGGUACAUCCCGCCGGAGUACGGGCACUCGCCGGCGGCGACGUACCGGGGCGACGUGUACAGCAUGGGGGUGGUGCUGGUGGAGCUGGUGACGGGGCGGCGGCCCGUGGACAUGGCGGCGCGGCUCGGCGCGCGGGACGUGACGGCGUGGGCGGUGCGGCUCCGGCGGGAGGGGCGGGGCCGCGAGGCCGUGGACGCCGCCGUGCCGGGGCGGCACCGGGAGGAGGCGGCGAGGGUGCUGGAUCUGGCGUGCGCCUGCGUCAGCGAGGACCCCAAGGCGAGGCCCACGGCGCAGCAGCUCGUCGAGCGGCUCGACGCCAUCGCCGGCGCCGGCGCCGCCCGGGAGAUUCGCUCCGGCACGGUAGAUAACUGAAGCUUGUGUAGAUAACUGAAUCCAUACUACAGUAGCUAGCUGUGACAGUAAUAUCUCGUGUAAAUUUUGACAAGAGUUGAUUCGUGUGUAAAGAUUGAAUGGAUGAUGAUUCCUGACAUUUUACAUGAAGAUAUGUGUAAAGUUUUUUUUUA